AUGGCGGUUAACUACUUGGGCCCGUUCGUGUUUACGCGUACACUUUUACCUCUGCUCGAAUCUACCGCAGCUAAUGGAGACGAUGUGCGCAUCAUCAACGUCGGAUCAUCUGGCCAUAAAGAUGUCACCCAUCUCGAUUAUAGUUCUAAGGAAGCUUGGAAUCAUAAAUUCAACUGGUCCCUGCUCCCAACAAUGUCGCGAUACAGUGAGUCGAGCCGCGUGAAAUACUUGCUACACAUGCCUAAUGAUAGCAGAAUAUUCCAAACUCGCCGUUCACCUGUGGACAAAUUAUCUCGCCAAACGCCUUGCAGCAGAAAACUCCAAGGUGAUGGUGCUGCUUGUACAUCCCGGUGCCAUCCUUAG